UUUAUUAGGUGGUGAGGGAGAAUUAUUCAGGAGUUUGAAGUUACAGGAUGGAACAGACAAAAGAAGAAUUAGAAAUAGUAAUAAAGAAGAAGGAAGAUGAAAUACUUGGUAGAGCAUAUGAUUCACUUUAUUUGGUUUAUGAAAAAGUAAGACUAACUUGCAAAGGAUUGGUGAGCCUCUUUUUUUAUUGCCAAACUCCAACACAUUUUUCUUGCCAAUUUUGAAAAAUAGUAACCCCAUCCGUAUUUUCCACUAUUAAUAAACAAUCAUGAUCAAAUAGAACAAUACGAAUGAAAUUUGUAGAAAUAGUGGAAAAAUCUGCUGUCAAAGAAAUAAAUGAAACUUGUAUUUAUCCCUGAUGAAAUGCAGAUCAAAAGCAUAGUGCCUUUAUCAGAAGAUCGAUCAAUCUUAUUCCUAAAACAAUUGAGAAAUUUACAAUAGUAAAUUGAUCGAUCACAAAGAACCAGUUCCGGAAAAUCAUCCAAGUUGGAAGGCAUAUCAAAGAAAUAAAGUUCAUCUAUUGUAGAACUAAUCUCAAAGGCUUACAACUAAGCAAAUCUAUUCACUACUCUACUCAAGCGAUAGCUUUAACCUCAGGUAGUCCAUUCAAAAGACUCCAAAUAAAGGAUAAUAGAAAAAUGGUUGGGCGCUUUCUCAAAGCUGCCUCAUGAACUGACUUAAAGUCAUCACUGAAAUUACUAGAGAUCGGAGAAUGUGUCAACUUCACAGAUGUAAAUUUCUAUGGCAAAGAAUUAGGUUUUAAACAAUUAAAAAGUGUAGAAUGUAAUCUUAAUUAA